AUGGAGCUCACCCGGGAGAUGCUGUGGUCACUCGGCUCGCCGGAACAGGUCAUCAGUCGCUGCAGUGUGGACUCGAUCGUCGAAUGGGGCCAACAUCUCCUAGCGAGCUGCUACCACACCAUGCAGGCGGCCAAACGGCUGACUACCACUGCACUGCACCAGCAAACCCUGGACGACUGGAGACGUACAAGCUCAGAUGCCUCCAUUAUGGACGAGGCCCUAAGAGUGGGGCUCGAUCCCUCCGCGUGGCAUGAUUACCUCCCUCCACCGACAGAUUACUCCGCCAUCUUCACCCCUGUCUUCUUGACGGAUCUCUCCCCGUCACAGAUACUGUGGUUCGCCAUUAUUGGCCUUUUCCGCUGA